AUGACAAAAGGACGGAUUGGAGACAGUCCGCAGGCUGCUCCCGCGCAGGCCCACCUUACUCGUAAAGUAGAGGGGACAUCUCCAUCAGACACGAUCAAUUAUGAGCUCUUAUCAACAUAUACAGCAUUGGUGGAUGCCGAGUCCAGCAAUUGUGUACUUGAUGAUCCAAAUGACAACUAUAAUUCCGCCGAAUCCUACGAUUCAUCCUACAAUUCGUUGGCAGAUAAUGUCAUGACAGAUACUGCCGAAUCCGAGUUUGUAUCUCGUCAUGAUCCCAAGCGCCCUAAUUGA